UGCAAGACGCAGAAUUCUAAUUCUAUCUCUACUUUCUGAAGCAGUUGAGGACGGAGAAGAAGGAGAGAGAAGAUGGCUUCUGCUACCUUCUCAAUUUCAACAGUUGCUGCUUACACUCACCUUCCCUCACUUCCCAGACUCCCCUCCAUCUCUCAUUUCUCCAUCACUCCUACUUUCCCCAUAACCCAACGCCUCACGCUCACACGUGCCAAGUUCGACAAGUUUCAAGGCGAUGAUAGCGUCGAGCCAGAUGAUGAUGGCGGUGAGGAUCCACCGCAAUUUCAAAUUUCCGAAGAAGAGGAUGACAGUUGCCUUCCUUCUGAUUUGGAGGGUGCAGUUCGCCAGUCGGGCCAAGCAAGUGCGCAGUUUGUUUCUGCCGGAGGACUAAGAGCCAUAGUGGAGCUUUUAAUUCCACAGUUGCAAUUUCUUGACGAUGAAGGAGCACAAGCUGAGCUUUGGGGGCUUUCAAGGAUCUUCUUGGAAACACUUAUUGAAGAAACAGGGGGCCAGAGAGUUAAAGCCAUAUUUCCAGAUGCUGGUGCUGCUGCACUGCUAAAGUAUCAGUGGAAAGAUGCUGCAUUUGGUUUCUCCAGUCUAGGUGACCGGAAGCCUGUGAGCAGUGAAGACGAGAUCAUUGUGAUGGUGGUUCCUGACUAUCAGAUGUUAUCAUAUGUUGAAAAGGUCGCAUCUGAGCUUUCAGAUGAUCCGCCUAGGCCUCUUAUCAUGUGGAACCCCCGCCUUAUUAGCGAGGAUGUUGGAGUUGGGAUCAAUGUUCGCCAGUUACGACGAAACUUUUUAAGCACAUUUACAACUGUCUACUCAAUGAAGCCUCUUCCAACAGGUGCCGUAUUUAGAUGUUACCCUGGGAUGUGGAAGGUUUUUUAUGAUGAUAAGGAGAGGCCCAACAGGUAUCUGCUCGCUGAGGAAUUGAUACGACGUCCUGAUAUAGAGGAUCUCGAGAUUAUUUUUGGUGGACAAGAUAAGUCGGAGAAUGGACCAUCUCUGUUUGAUCAAGCAGCUGGCAUCUUCUCCUCGUUCAAUCGUUUCAUGAAAGUCAUUUCAAGAUAAAGUGUUCUUAUUUUUUUUUUUGCAGCAGUUGUAUUCGAAAUAUAUUUCAAACGUCUGUUUUGUAUCAUCAUCAUCAUGUGAAAUCCUUUGUGUACAUGUAUUGUUUAAAUGUAACGUCGAGUAUCUAGCUUA